AUGGCAAGCUCUCUCCAACAAGCGUACAAACUUCCCGAAGCUGCAGUCUGGUUCAUAACGGGAUGUUCAUCCGGCAUUGGAAAAGCUCUUGCACAGCUUGUCCACUCCAAGGGCGGCCGUGUUGCUGUUACCGCUCGAAAGCUCGGCGACCUGGCAUACUUGCCUGAUAAUGAUUCCCGUGUCGUCAAACUCAUCGUAGACGUCACAUCCCGCCCAUCCAUUGAUGAUGCCAUCGCAACUGCCUUAUCCCACUUCCACCGCUUGGAUGUGGUUGUCAACAACGCCGGAUACUCAUUGCGUGGGGACACGGAGAACGCAACUGAAGAUGCCGCUCGCCAUCUAGUCGACACCAUGUUUUGGGGGACGGUACACGUCACGCGGCAUGCGAUGCGCGUGAUGCGCGAGGUUAACCCGCUCAAUGGGCCCCCAGGUGGAGUUGUGCUUAACGUCUCCUCCAUGGGAGGUCGCGCCGGGUUUCCUGGAAAUGCUUUUUACCACGCCGCCAAGUUCGCCGUCGAGGGCUUCACCGAGUCCGUGUCAAAGGAACGCCCCGGAUACGCCCGCUCGGAUUCUCGACCAGUACAUGGAUGA